CUGCGUUGCGAAUUUCCAAUUGUGUCGCCAAACCGGUGCCAAUCCCUUCAUGCGGAGCCUCCCAUCUGCCAUGUUGCCUUUGUUUUGCUGGGCCAGGUGGGAAGAGAGGAUUGUGAGGAAAGACCGAGGAGGACGGAAGAAACCAAGCUUUCUCCCGCGCACUUGGGGCCUGAAUCACCCCGGAAGGGCGGGAUCCUGCCUCCACAGUCCCCCAAGCAACCUUCCAGGCAUUUCUACUGCAUGGAACAACCUGGACUGACUCAAGACCCAGGAAUGGCACGGGGAAGGUAGAACUCUGGAAAGAAACCUGUUCGUCGCUUUUUUAAACUGAAGGGAGACCCCAUGUAUUGUUUGAACUAAAGGCACGUUGACCUGUGACCCAACAGUAUAACACACUACACCAGGGUUGAGAACAAAGGUUGAAGACCAAGGAAUGGCCCAGACAAGUCAGAACUUGUGAAAGGAAGGAAACUGCUCCUUUUAGAAAAGAGUUCCCCUGUGGUGUGACCUGCCAGGUGUAAGGUACACAAGGGGCAAGCACUGAUCUAGGAGAGGUUUUGAAGGAAGUAGACCAAAGAAUGGCCCAGGAAAGCUAGAAACUGUAAAAGAAAACUGCUCCUUUAUGAAAAGAGGUCCCUUAUAGUGUUUGAAGGGACUGUAACUUGUGACCUACUGCUGUAAACUACACAAGGAGUAAGCCAAGAGGUUGUGAAGUUUGAAGAUCGAGGAAUGGCCCAGAAAAGCAAGAACUUUUAAAAGAAAACUGCUCUUCUGGUGGUUUGAAGACACAGUAGCCUGAAGUGCUGUGGUGUAACAUACACAAGGAUCGAGUUGAGAAGGGAGAGGGGAGGUCCUCCGGAACGAUGGACUUCAUGUUCGCUGGAGGAGAAUGGGAUGAGGGGGAGAGAUUCUCCUUCGAAGACAGCGACCGUUUCGAGGAGGAUUCGCUGUGCUCGUGGAUCAGCGAGCCGGAGAGUCUGUGUAACAACUGGCGGGGAUGGAAGAGGCAGAACGGGAACCAGGGAGCCCUGUCUGCUCAGGAAGGCCCAGUGGUUCCCCUGGUUGAGCUAUCUGCGAGGCAGGUGGCACAGCACAUUCCAUUUGAGGUGGUGGAGAGAGUUUACCCGCCGGUUCCUGAACAGCUGCAGCUCCGCAUCGCUUUCUGGAGCUUCCCGGAGAAUGAAGAGGAUAUCAGGCUGUACUCGUGUCUGGCUAACGGCAGUGCCGAUGAGUUCCAGAAGGGGGAGCACCUGCUCAAGGCCAGGGCAGUCAAGGAGGCGCUACAGAUAGGUUUCCACCUAAGUGCGACGGUGGUGCCCCCACAAGGCCUGCCGCAGCCCAAGGGUUCGUUUAACGUAGCGGUGGUGUUUGACCGUCGGCGAAUCACAGCGUGCAGCUGCACCUGUAACAGCACAGCCAAGUGGUGCGCUCACGUCGUCUCACUGUGUCUCUUCAGGAUACAUAAUGCGGGUGCAGUGUGCCUGCGGGCUCCUGUGUCAGAGUCUCUCUCCCGUCUCCAUAGAGACCAGCUGCAGAAGUUUGCUCAGUACCUCAUCAGCGAGCUUCCUCAGCAGAUCCUCCCCACCGCGCAGCGUCUGCUGGACGAGCUCCUGUCGUCCCAGGAGACGGCGAUCAACACGGUCUGCGGCGCUCCGGACCCAACGGCCGGACCCUCCGCUAACGACCUGCCGACAUGGUUCCUGGACGAACAGACGCUCCACGAGAACAUCAAGAAGAUGCUGAUACGAUUCUGUGGACCUGCUCCGAUCGUCUUCAGUGAUGUAAACUCGCUGUACCUGUCGACCACGGCUCCCCCCGCUGCAGCGGAGUGGUCCAACCUUCUCCGCCCGUUGCGCGGCCGGGAGCCGGAGGGCAUGUGGAACCUGCUGUCCAUCGUCAGGGAGAUGUUCCGCCGCCGGGACAGCAACGCUAUCCCACUGCUGGAGAUCCUCACUGAGGAGUGUAUAGGCUGUGAUCAGAUUGUGAUCUGGUGGUUCAACACACGGACGACAGAGGCGCACGGCUCGACCCACAGUAACCGCGCCACCAGCAACAACAGCAGUGCCAACAUCUCCCAGCACGGCGCGGCAGGGCUGUGUGACGAACUAGUGGUGCUCUGGAGACUGGCUGUGCUGAACCCUGCACUCAAGGCCUUCGACAGGUGGGAGAUGGAGCACCAGCUGAAGCAGUGGCACGUGUUCGUGGUCGACAAGGCGCGGAAGAGCCGCGGCGGGAACAACGCCAUCACGCCCUUCGACAUCGAAGUCUUCCCGGGCUUCAAGCCCGCCAUCGAAGCCUGCCAGGUCGGCUGGGAGGAUUUCCCGCUGGAGAACGUUCCUCACCUGGACGUGACGCUGCGCGACCGGGAGAAACGUUCGGCAGGAAUCCCGAACGAGGACAUGGGCGUCUUCGUGUCGAUGAGCGCGCAGCUCGCGGAGUGCGCGUUCCGUCAGCAGGGAGGAGCCGGCGCGCAGGCCGGUAGUAUGGACGCUACGGUUAGCGGUCAGAAGGACUCACACCGAGCGCAGGAGAACGAGAGAAGGCAGGAGAGGAGAGUUAGUGCGGACGAGGCCGUCGACGAAGGCGUUCCGACCUUGGACACGUCGUUUUCCGAACUCCAGGACGGGGACGACUCGCUCGACCUUGAGGAGAGUGACCUCCCGCCUCAGGACGAAUCGUCGGCUUCCAAAUCAGGGACUACGGAGGCGGAGGAGGUGGGUGUUGCCAUGGCAACGGUGAAAUCUCAGGUAUCAAUUUCAGGAGCUGACGUAGCCGGGACUGAAGCCGGCCCCGCGUUGGCGCCCUCGCAUUCAGAAGCUGUGGAUAGUAGUAGCGAUUUUGAUCAUGUUCCGUCAUCCUCAGGUGUAAACAGGACUCCACAUUUGCCGCCCGCUGAUUCGAGUUGCGUUUCAGACGAGACUGACAGCAGCUCCGAUUUGCAGCCCGCGGAUUCGGCUAGGACUAGCAAAUCAAAGCUGCAGGCGAAACUCACCAAGUCGCCCGACAAAUCCCCCCAAAGAACAGUGCGGAGAAAACCGAAACAGAAACCGCUAAAAUCCGACUCAGACCUUUCGAACAACGCCAGCAGCUCUCCGUCAGACGAGGUGGAUUCUGAUUGGAUGAAUGACUCCAGUAGCCAUGGUAACCAUGUGAUUGGCAGUGCUAGAGAGCAGGGGAUCGGUCCAGACGAGUACCAGAUGUAUUAUUAUGAUACCAGUGCUCUCACCCCAAGGAAGCCCAAACCGCCCAAGGAACAGGGAGACAACUACUUUGCUGGGCUCAAGUUUAUAGAUGACCCACUGGAGAUUCUGUACUGCCAGGCGGAGGCCCUCCAUGCUCACGGCUACACCCGGGAAGCGUGCCAGCUGGCUAAAGAGCUGGCCAUGCAGAUGCUGGCGAGUCCUCCCAUUCCAUCAGGACACUCCACAUGCAGAAGCCGGCACUGCCCGUCGGGGAUGACCUGCACGUUUGCGAGCACGACGCUGGCGAAGGCGGCGUUCCUGUGCAGCGUUCUGUUGGAGCAGGCCGACUGCCACACACUCGCCUUCCAGGUCGGGCUCUUCGGAUUAGAGAUGCCGCGACUACCUGCUUGCAGCAAGACUCUCGAGGUAAAACUAGCGAACCAGGAGUCAGAGCUGGUUGGCCUUCUGAAGAAGAUCCCGCUGGGUCCAGUGGAGAUGGACAUGGUUCGUGAGCGCGCAGAGAACCUGCGGAGCGGCAAGUCCCACCAUCGUGGCGAGGCCGUGCUCCCGCUCAUGCUCGCCAGCUUCAUCUUCGAUGCUCUCUGUCUGCCCAACAACUGUAACGGGAGUUCCCGACCAAACAUCCAGGUAAAGGAUCGGCAGCCCACAGACGAACUUAUGGGAUUCGAGGCUGCUGUCACUGCCCUCGGGCUGAAGGCCAAUGUGAGCGAGGCUGAGCAUGCACUUCUGUGUGAAGGCACUAGGAGGCAGCGCGGAGAGUUGGCUCUGGCUAUGCUCCUGCACUACAAGGACGAUCAGACCAAGCUUAGAAAGAUCUUGAACAAACUGUUGGACAAGAACAGUAACCAGCAGUGUAAGACUGCCUCCUGCUAUCCAUCUGGGGUGGCCAAUCAAAGCCCAGCUCACAGGUCCGGUAGCCAAUCAGGCUCCAGAUCUCCCAGCCAAUCAGGAUCCAGGCCACCCAGCCAACCAGGAGCCGGCUCCCGACCUUCCAGCCAACCAGGAUCAAGACCAGCCAGCCAAUCAGCUCCCAUGGAGUCGGAAAUACCAAAGAAGAAAGAGGUGACCUCUGCAUCCCCCAAACCAGUGCCUGCAGGAGCAGAGUCCCAGCAGGCACCAACUGGGGAGCAAAGGACGGCCAGCCCUAAACAGCCCGGGGUUGGAACGGGCCAAACCAACGGGGUACAGGGGGGGACAGCCGAGCCUUUGGAGGGGACAACUGCAGCUGCCGUUGGUCCUGCUGCGACGCCACCUAGCGGGGCGUUUAGAACUGCAGCUCUUCCUGGUCGUGAAACAGGCACCCCUGAAACCGCCGAGCUCAGCGACACCUCCCCCACCCUGGGGCAUCCUCCCCUUGGGGGUUGGGGCAAGCACGCCAGCCCCGGGAGCGACAGCGGAUCCACCAGUGGCAAGUCCAGUGACUCGGUGGCCUCCAGUAGCUCCGGGGACCGAGGGGUGGGGGCCAGGCCCAAAAUGCCACCCAUUGAGAUGUAUGUACUCCCGAGCAUUGCCAUCAGGAGGGGUAAGAAGGGGAGACAUGAGACAGCAGUCCCCACUAUCCCUAACCACCCCAGCGAGGCAUCGGCACACUACAUGUUCGAGCUGGCCAAGACUGUGCUGACCAAGGCUGGGGGAAACAGCAGUACAUCUCUCUUCACACAGCCUUCAGCAUCGUCAGGACAGCAGGGUCCCCACCGUGCGCUGCACAUGUGUGCGUUUGAGAUCGGCCUGUACGCCCUGGGCCUCCACAACUGUGUGUCUCCUAACUGGCUGUCCAGAACAUACUCCUCACAUGUCUCAUGGAUCACAGGGCAAGCGAUGGAGAUCGGCAGUGCUGCCAUCAGCCUGCUGGUAGAACAGUGGGAGGGGCACCUGACCCCACCUGAGGUCGCAUCGCUCGCUGACCGCGCCUCUCGUGCCAGAGACCACAACAUGGUCCAGGCUGCAGCCCAGCUGGCCCUGUCCGUCCUGCCCCACGCCCACGCCCUGAACCCUAACGAGAUCCAGCGGGCGCUGGUCCAGUGUAAGGAGAUGAACUUCGAGAUGCUGGAGAAGGGAUGUCUGGCCGUGGAGCGGGCAGCGAAGGGCGGCGGGGUGCCCGCAGAGGUCCUGUUUGAGGUUGCGCGCCAGUGGUUCUGGUUGUACGAGAAGUCGCUCAACACCGGGGCCAACCGGAACAACCCCCAGAACCCCAACGUGGAACAGGCGACCUCCGACCCGGAGACGUCCCGCACCCCUCCCGACGUUCCCCCGCCAACCGUCGAAAUUAUCCCCUACAGCUGUACUCACCGUCCAAGCCAACGGCGUUGUCGCCCCCCUCGAGCCCCACCCCUACCCCCCUUUCCAACCCUCCCCCUCCCCCCCAACCACAUCCACCCCUACCCCCAGAUCUACGAGUACAUCCCCCACGCUGUCCCCCCACCCUGUGCCACCUCCAGCCCUAUUAACCCCACCUCCCUAACCCCCCAGCCCCACCCCAUCCCCCAAACCCAAAUCUACGACCCUGCCCACCCCAUGCCCCCCCACCCGGGGUAUUACCAGUACACCUUCCCACGUUUCCCCAUGGUGACUUACUCCACAGGCACCAUGGCGCCUACCAGCAUCAACACCAUGCCUGCCACCACACGGCCUUCCUACCGCACCACCCCCUACCCCUCACCUCCCAACGCCCAGGGGACGUACUACCUGCACUCGGCGUACCGUGUCGGGAUGCUGGCGAUGGAGAUGCUCGCUCGCCGGGCGCACGACGACAGGCCCAACACCAAGUUCGCCCGGAAUCCGCCGUACGGGGACAGCGUCAAGUGGCUCUUAGGGCUCGCCAUGAAGCUGGGCCAAACGUACCUGCAGCAGUUCUGCGUCAGCGCAGUCAACGGCAUCUUCAACCCAUUCGUGCUGCAGGAUAUCGCCAUCGAGGCCGCGCACUUCAUGUCCCGAACAAACCACUCACAGGUCGCAAACAACCUGCGCUCCCCCAUCCUCAGCCCCAUCGUACAAAAGUGUCUGCAGAUGUACAGACAGUGUCUGCACCAGAAGCUGUUCCACAUCACGCCGACGGACUACGACGAGUUUGUGGGGAUCGUGCGGACGGCCCGCGGCGCGUUCUGCAUGACGCCCGGCGGGAUGGUCCAGUUCAACGAGCUGCUGCAGAGCCUGCGGCGCUCCAAGUCAUGCAAGCGCGAGCUCUGGCAGAGAAUAGUCGCCGGCCUGGCCGCAGGCAACAUGUAACACCCCUCCGGACAAGUGGUUCUGUCCAGCACCUACUGUGUAGUGCCCACCUGCUGGACCUGUCCACUUUGGUUGUGGGGGUGGGCAGCAUCAAAAAUUUAUUGCAGAUGCUAACCCCUCAGGCUCAGUGGAUCUGUCCAGCACCUACUGUGUAGUGCCCACCUGCUGGUUCAGUCCACUUUGGUUGUGGGGGUGGGCAGCAGGGAAUAUGUAAACCUAAUGCCCACCCCUCGGGACAUGUGGUUCUGUCCAGCGCCUACUGUGUAGUGUCCACCAGCUGGUCUAGUCCACUAUGAUUCUGGGGGUGACUUGAGUAGAAUAGGUUGAUUCUUAUAACACAAUGUUUUAUGAUUGUGUAAAUUCUACUGCUUUGAAAUGCUUUGAGCAGUCCUGAAUUCCAUAGGAGUUACGUUUUUGCAGCCCUGUACAGUAUAACAGAAGUGUACAUUAUCAGUCUUCAAUAUUAUUGUUUCUGUAAUUACAAUUGAUGAUCAUGAAUUUCUUAUAUGCUUGUGUGUGUUGUGUGUGUGAGGAAUGUUUCUAAACUAUACCUAUCCAUUUUUGUACAUGUGUUAACCUUGUACUUCGUUAUUAUGACCAAAAAAGCCCUUUUUGGAUUUAAUUGUCAUUUGAUAUUUGAAACACUGAUGUGUUAGCCUAUCCACAAUGAUAUAGGGUCGAAGGUCAACACUGAAGGUCAAAGGCAGCCAUUUUUUCAUGCGUGGUAGCCAUGAUGUUACCAAAUAAGGUAUUCCAUACCAUAUAAGGUAUUCUAUACCAAAUAAGGUAAUGUUUCAGUUAAAUCUCUGAAAAUAACCUGAUGUAAGACCAGUCCAUUUUGAAAAUGGAUCAUCAAAUAUUGAAACACUAGAACUGAAAGAUUACAGUGUGAAACGUAAUCUUUGUAGUCAAAUCCAUCGAGGCGUUGUGCUAAGAUUUGGUGAAAGUGUUAGAUGUCCUGCAAUUCUCGGUCAGAGAGCAAGGUGGCACUUUUGUACCGACAUUACUCAGGAACACAAAAAAAAGAUCAGGAAAGGGAGACGCCAGGUUAAAAAGCGCCACUUUCCCAAAUGACCGAAAAUCUGCACAAAAAAACUCCGUAGCUAACCUCUUAGAGAUCCAUGGUACAGUACUAGUACUAAGUUAAGAUAAAAAAACCACACAGAAAACAGAAUUACACAAUAUACAACCUAAGAUUUCCGGAGAGUGAAGUCUAUAAAAAAAAAAGUGUGACUUGAUGUAAUGUAAGAAAAAGAAUUUUUCUACCCCUGUAAUGUUGACUGUGAUGUUGACUAUUAAGUCUGUGUGAGGUGUUGUUGUUGUAAUUGUUGGUGAGUCCUGCGCAUGUAUGUGAUGUUGGUAGAAUAGCAUGUUGUUCUGCAUGUUGACAACAGUGAUUUCACAGUAGGCUUAGCAGCGCAGAUAUAGACAAGUCAUACGUGUUUGCUUCAAAGGUUGGGAAAGGAUUUACAAGGUUCCCGAGUGUGCUCCGUUUUCAUACUGUUCCAGUUCUCAUCUUCAUGUUGCCAUUUCAUUGCACCAUUCCUGCAUUGCCUGGCACUGACAUGUUGAAAGAAAUAUUUUGCCAAGGCGAUGCUUUAAUAGUCGUGCUACUGUUCUGUACAUAAGAUGCUAUGUUGAAUGGCUCUAAGGUGUACUUAUACAUUGGACUUUUCAUGUAGAGAUAUUUUUUGUUUCGGCUUCCACUCAGUUUUUCUUCUGCUUUGGCCAUACCAAUUCAGUUUUUUGGUUCUCGGAUUUAAAAAAAGAUACUGCUAGAUUGGGAUAUCUGACAUGACAACAGAGACUGAGAGGAAAGUCUGUAUCUUAGUACACACAGUUUCACGGAGUGGAC